AUGACCUCGCUUGGAAUCCAGUCCAGUUUAAAGUUUUGCGCGGCGUGUCAUCAGCCCAUUCUGGACCAAUACCUAUUAAACGUGCUUGACCAGAACUGGCACCCCAACUGUCUACGCUGUGUGGACUGUAAAGAGCCUCAAGACGAGAGUUGUUUCUACAAAGACGACAUGAUACUAUGCAGGGGAGAUUUUACUCGGUAAGGAAAUUAUAUUUUUAAGACUUGGUUUUGGUUGAAAGAGACAUGUAUAUAGGUAUGGACAGGGUUUUCAUAGACUGAAUUAGGAAUAGACAUGGCUUUCAUACAGUAAAUUAGAUACAGUCAGGGAUUUUAGACACCUAGAUAGGUAUAGCCAGGGCUUUUAGAGACCAAAAGAACUUAGAGAAUGGUGUAGAAAGGACCUUUAUUAAAUUAAAUAGGUACAGACAAAGUUACAGUUUGUAUACUUGGUCGGAGGGGUAAACAAUUAGGGGGGGGGUUUUAAAUUUUUUAAAAAUAAUUAUGGAGGGAAAGCUGAAGCAACGUUUAGAUUUUUUAAUAUAAUUAGGUAGAGGGAGAGGUUAAAAAGUAUAAAACCCUAAUAAAACAUAAAUUUUCAGAAGAUACGGAAUCCGCUGUGCUGGAUGCAAUAUGAUAAUAGAAAGAGAAGAGUUGGUUCGAAAAGCCCGAAAUCAAGUAUUUCAUUGCCAAUGCUUUUGUUGUUCAGUAUGUCAACGAGUACUGGAUACUGGAGAGCGGGUACGUUUUUUUUAAAAUUAAAUUAAAUUUUGAAUAAGAAGUAGCGGUAUACCGCGGUAAUUUAGCCCUGCAAUACCCUAGCCUUACAUAAGAUUUAGCCUUUGUGCUUGAACAACCCUCAAACUAGCUCUGACUGCCCACUCCUAGCUCUGGUCUGCCUUGUCCUACCCUACCCUAGCGCAAACUUAGCUCUGCCGUAUCCCUACCCUAGCGCAAUCCUAGCGCAAUCCUAGCCCUGCUCUAUAUCUUCCCUAGCCUAACUGAGCUCUAGCUUUGCCCUAGCCAAGCCAAGCCCAGAUUUAGCCCUGCCUUAGCCCUGUCCUACCAUACCUUAUUUUAUCUUACUUACCCUGCGCCAUUUUUUUCCCUUUCACUUGCGCCACCCCUCUUAUUAUUACCCUCUUCUAUCUUAUAAAAUCCAAAUCAAGCCCCCCCCCCUCUUUUUAAAAACCUUUUUUGACGUAGAUCCCUUUGUCCUAUCUGGUUACCUUCAUUUGCAUGUUCUAGAAUUCAGAAUCCGACUUCUCUAUUCAUCUUCGUCUGUUUGUCUUUUUUUAUUUAAAUUUGGUUCCGGCUCGAAAAAAAAUAUCCGCGCGGAUUGAUAAAUUGACCAGUUGGUUUAUGUCGGCGGCUUUCACUACAUAUCUAUGAUGUCUUGCGCUUUCAAAGCCUACUGUAGCUUGGAUAUGGAAAAAAUUUGAAAUUUUGAGAAAUUUUAAAGUAUUAGGUUGUUAAAAUAAUUCUGUGCCCCAUAACCUCGAAAAUUUGCUUUGAGAGUUUGAGAGGAGCACAGGAUUAUUUGAACAUACUAAUAUAUUUGUCAAAGGUCUAAAAAGUUUUGUCGUUUUUCAAUGUGCAAGACACUGUUAAAAAACGACAAGGGGCACAUAAUUAUUUGAACCUACUAAAACCAAAUACAAAAAGCAAAAAUAUAAAAUACGAAUGCACAUUAAGGUAAAAUAAACAAUUUUUGGUCGCCGUACGUUCCCUUGCUCGUCUAUGCCCUGGGGCAUCAGUUUUGACAGCGAAGGGAGUGUCAGAAUGUCAUAACACGAGAUGACAAUGUUUGUCACAAAAAGUGAAACAGUAUGGUAAAAAAGGGAACACAUUGGCACACUUUUCUAGAUUUUGCGACAUUUAACAGCAGUUUUUGUACAGAAAGCGCUAAAAAUUAUAUUACGCUCGACCAAACGGCAUGGAUAAUAUAAUUUAAAGCAAAAAUUAAAAAAAUAAAGAGUUGGCAAAAAGAUACCGAAAAACACUGUAAAAACUAGCAAAAUCAGCAUAAGUUGCGUAAUAACUUUUUAGUCCAGCCGGCCUUUUUGAUACAUUUUCGUCGGCCGACGUCCGCCGGGAAUCGAAUUUGAUAUCGGAUAUGGAGACGUCAAUCCAAGAGAUCUUUGACAGCUCGCACGACUACUCAGUCGUUUUCUUCACUCACUUAACAAUUCAUAAAAACAAUAAAAGCGAAAGUUACAGUAGUGCGUUCGACGUGUGUAACAUAGUAGGGAGAUUGAAAGUCUAGGACAAUAUUUAAUGGGAUUUUUACGAAAAAUGGGUUAUAAGAUUAAAAAAUAGGUUGCAUUGUAUAAUAUAAAGGUUUCUAUAUUAGUGUAAGAAAUUGCAAAAAAUAAAAGAAAAUGCGCAUUUCAUGUUUUCGUUGCGGGACCCAACUCAAAGCAAGAUGUAACUAAAAAAAUCUUGAUUUUAGGCUUUUUUUAGUGUCAUAGUAAAUUUCUACAACGUAUGUUCUUUAAAAACUAAUGCCUUAGUUACUUUAUCAAAAGUUACAUCGACUUUUACUAUCAACUCUCACUUUACAGUACGGCAAAAUGUACUGGUCCUCCGAAUUCCCCAAGGGCAUAAGUUUUGGGGACUUGAAAAAGUCGCUCGUAAAUCAUAAAAAUGUCAAAAAACGAACCGUCGAACACUUUCGGAACGUCGAAAACACUAUUCCUACCAUGACAUACGACCCCCGACCAUCUAUAACCAAUUAAAGUUAAAUUUACUGCGUUCGAAAAAAGUUUGAAGAAUUGUAAAGUUGGGUUUUACAUUACCAAAUAUAGCAGAAUCUAUAUAAGAUUGUUAAAAGCAUGAAGAUUGAAAAUUCUCCAAAAAUCAGGUUUUCGUGGUGGGACCUAAAAAUGUUUUAAAAAUUGAAAAGUUAAAAAUUUGAAAAACAAUAUGCCUUUCUAACACAAUAUGAUGACAAAAAACACAUUUUCAGUUAUACAUAGUGGAUGGCAAGAACUUUGUGUGCAAAAACGACUAUACCCCCAGUAAGAUCCUCGGUACCACAAUGACAAAUCGAUCAUCCAAUGACGAAUGUAGCUCAGAUGAAGAGGUCGAUGACCACAGUGAUGAUCACGGUAAGCUAACACAACUUUUUCAAUCUGAGCUUUUCAAAAAGUUUAGUUGA